GCUGUUCUAUAUAUGGUUAACUGUCUGUCCCUCUCAAUAUUUUUGUUGAAACGGAUGUGUAACUUCGUCAUCGUCGGCUUCUCCGCCUGAGUUCCUCCUAGAAAACUCUUCCCUUCCAGCUUAUUUGCACCUUUCUUUGCCUCGGUUACUUCGCUUGUUCCCAUAUAACAAGGCCAUACUCUGAAUGGCUGCUUCAGUAUCUCACCGCGCUAUUUGGACUCCUCAGUCCUAUGGAUAUCUUAACAGCUCUAGUCUUCAUCAUGAGGUUGGGGACAAUUCAUUGAGAUUCAUUUCAAGGGGUCUCAAGAUCAAAAUUGGCCUUUCAAGAAGAGGAUAUGUUUGCUCUGACCAUAGGAACUUUGAUCGUGUUCAAGCCUCAGCAUCUCAAACUUCAAUGUUUGAACAAGUUUCAACCCCCCUACAAAGCAACACCAGUAACUCUCAGAAGAAAUCAAAUGAAGUUGCUUUGAUUCUGAUCCGGCAUGGAGAGUCAUUAUGGAAUGAAAAAAACUUGUUCACGGGUUGUGUUGACGUGCCACUAACUAAGAAGGGUGUGGAAGAGGCAAUUGAAGCUGGCAAAAGAAUCAGCAAUAUACCUGUCGACAUGAUCUAUACAUCUGCACUGAUCCGUGCACAGAUGACUGCCAUGCUUGCUAUGACCCAGCACCGUCGUAGGAAGGUGCCAAUUAUUAUUCAUAAUGAGAGUGAGCAGGCAAGGGCUUGGAGUGAGGUUUUCAGUGAAGACACUAAAAAGCAAUCCAUUCCUGUGAUAGCAGCUUGGCAAUUGAAUGAAAGAAUGUAUGGAGAAUUACAGGGUCUUAACAAGCAGGAGACAGCUGAUAGAUAUGGGAAGGAAAAAGUUCAUGAAUGGCGUCGGAGUUACGAUAUCCCUCCUCCUGAUGGCGAGAGUUUGGAAAUGUGUGCAGAAAGAGCUGUAGCUUAUUUCAAAGAUCAAAUUGAACCCCAGCUUCUAUCUGGAAAGAAUGUAAUGAUUGCUGCCCAUGGGAAUUCGUUGAGGUCCAUCAUUAUGCAUCUCGACAAAUUAACUUCCCAAGAGGUUAUCAGUUUAGAACUAUCAACUGGAAUUCCCAUGCUUUACAUUUUCAAAGAGGGAAAAUUCAUAAGGAGGGGAAGUCCCGUUGCACCUACCGAGGCAGGAGUUUAUGCUUAUACUAGGAGAUUAGCUCUAUACAGGCAAAAAUUAGAUGAGAUGCUGCAUUAAUAUGCAUCGAAGUAUAGGAUUGAGUGUUCAAGAGGAUGAUCGCGAGGGGUCCUAAGAAGGGUCGACUAUUUCCAAUCCAAAUUUUGAAUUUGUUUAUUCUCAAUUAAUGAAUAGAGAUCUAGUUCAUUUUCUCGAUGAUUGUUUGGGUGAUUUACUUUGAGAGGAGCAACAGUUAUUUACUCAGAGUAUAAUGGAACAGCAGCAGGCUCCACCAACUCAAGUGGCAUUUACCACACAAGGGAAUCAAAGGGCCGAGACUAUAGCACUAUGCAAUGCUAUAGUUGCAAGGGUUUUGAUCACAUUGCCACCCAUUAUUCGAAGAAAUUUUAUCAUUAUUGCAAAAAAUCUAGACAUAUUAUCAGGGAUUGCCCAAUCCAACCACCUUGAAAGCAAGAGAGUGCCUAUUCCACCUUAGUUAAUUCGUCAGGUGCAUCCUCUUCUACAACUCCUGUUGCCGCCUCUCAUGUUUCAGUGCCUGCAAUUCAGUUAAGGAGAUUGGAAGAUACUACUUCAGUUGAUACUCCUCUGGAGGUGAAUGUUAAGUAUAGAAAAGAUGAAGGCGAACUACUCCCAGAUCCUACCUUAUAUCGUAAGUUAGUUGGCAACUUGAUUUAUCUUACCAUCACGCGCCCUGAUAUCUCUUAUGUUGUCCACACUGUUAGUAAGUUCAUGGAUUCACCUCAACAUCUCCAUUUGGUAGCUGUUCGUCGGAUUAUUCGUUAUCUACUUGGGACUCCAAAUCGUGGACUAUUUUUUCCUAAGAGUUCUUAUCUUCA